UAGGGGGUGGGGCCUAGUAGGAGUCACUAAGGGAGUGCCCUUGAAAGAAAUGUUAGGAUCCCGCCCCCUUUCCAUUUCUGUUUUUGCUUUCUGGUUGCCAGGAGAUGAAUUAUUUCCUCUGCCAUGUUCUCCAACCCUGAUGCACUGCCUCACUACAACCCCAAUGCAAUAAGGCAAGAGACCAUGGCUGAAGUCCAAACACGGUGAACCAACCUGAACUUUCCCCCUUUUAAGUAGAUUUCUCUCAUAUAUUUGUGCCAGACCAUGGCCUAUGCAUAUUUUGACAUUACCUACUACUCGAAGUCCUAUCACUCCUUACCAAGCCACUAGACAAUAAUGAUUUUGUCAUUUUUUUUUCUGAAUCUACUCCUCAAAGUUUGUUGGGCUCAGCAUUUGAAAGGGUGCUUAUUUUGUUCCCUUUUAUUGUGUCUUGUUUUAUUCUGUCUAUCCUGAGAGGCAGAGAGGGUCCCUUGAACAGAUCAUUUGAAGGGUUUGCUGCUUGAUAAUAUUUGGUAGGGGCUGGGAAUGUGGCUUAGUGGUAAAACGCUUGCCUAGCAUGCGUGAAGCCCUGGGUUCUAUUCUUCAGUACCAAGAAAUAAAAAAGUAACAAUAAUAUUUGAUAAUGCUGACUGUACCCUAACUUGACUCUCUCAAAUAACCACUUAGAUACCUAACCUUCAUUCUUGUUAUGGGAUGGAUUGAAGUUCUCUUUGAAAGAAAUAUUUUCAGUUUUGUAAAGUUAAAAAGAAAACCCAUAUAUUCACACAUGCCUACACAUAUACGCAAGUGCAAAAUCAGACCCUUCUUGUUCCUCCUCUCCUUUCCAAAAGCCAACUGGCAAGAAUUUGCAAAGUGACCAGGGUGAAGUCAUGGAUCAUACUCACAUGGCUUUCUGAACCAUAAAGCACUCACCCUGCUGCAGUGACUUUCCAUCUUGUGGCAAGCCUCUGGGAGCAGUAGUUUCAAUGUGCAUAACGUAUUUGGACUUCACUGUGGCCUGGGAUAUUCUUCCAUGUGGCAUUCUCAUUAGAAGGUCAAGGAAAUUCAUCCUGUAUCCUGUUACUGUCAGUUGAAUGCACACAUGGCCAGAGGCAGCUUCUCAGUGGAGAUUAGCAGCUCUUUUAGAUCCGCACGCAGCUGGUAGAGCAGUUCAAAUGCCUGGAGCAGCAGUCCGAGUCUCGGCUGCAGCUGCUUCAAGACCUCCAGGAGUUCUUCCGCAGGAAAGCUGAGAUCGAACUGGAAUAUUCCCGCAGCCUGGAGAAGCUGGCCGAACGUUUCUCCUCCAAGAUCCGCAGCUCCCGAGAGCACCAGUUCAAAAAGGACCAAUACCUCCUCUCCCCUGUGAACUGUUGGUAUCUGGUCCUGCAUCAGACCCGGCGGGAGAGCCGAGACCACGCCACCCUCAAUGACAUCUUCAUGAACAACGUCAUCGUCCGCCUCUCCCAGAUCAGCGAAGAUGUCAUCAGGCUCUUCAAAAAGAGCAAGGAGAUUGGCCUGCAGAUGCACGAGGAGCUCCUGAAGGUGACCAAUGAGCUCUACACGGUCAUGAAAACCUACCACAUGUACCACGCGGAGAGCAUCAGCGCAGAGAGCAAGCUGAAGGAGGCCGAGAAGCAGGAGGAGAAGCAGUUCAACAAGUCGGGAGAGCUCAGCAUGAACUUGCUCCGGCAUGAGGACCGGCCCCAGCGCCGCAGCUCUGUGAAGAAGAUUGAGAAGAUGAAGGAGAAGAGACAGGCCAAGUAUUCGGAGAACAAGCUGAAGUGCACAAAGGCCCGCAAUGACUACCUGCUCAACCUGGCAGCCACCAACGCUGCCAUCAGCAAAUACUACAUCCACGAUGUCUCCGAUCUCAUCGAUUGCUGUGACUUGGGCUUUCACGCCAGCCUGGCGCGCACCUUCCGGACCUACCUCUCCGCUGAAUACAACCUGGAAACCUCUCGUCACGAGGGGCUGGAUGUCAUUGAGAACGCAGUAGACAACCUGGACUCCCGGAGCGACAAGCACACGGUCAUGGAUAUGUGCAACCAAGUGUUCUGCCCCCCGCUCAAGUUCGAGUUCCAGCCUCACAUGGGGGAUGAGGUGUGCCAGGUCAGCGCACAGCAGCCGGUGCAGAUGGAGCUGCUCAUGCGGUACCACCAGCUGCAGUCCAGACUGGCCACACUCAAGAUAGAGAAUGAGGAGGUUAGAAAAACCCUGGAUGCCACCAUGCAGACCUUGCAGGACAUGCUGACUGUGGAGGACUUCGACGUCUCCGAUGCCUUCCAGCACAGCCGCUCUACGGAGUCCGUGAAGUCGGCCGCCUCUGAGACCUACAUGAGCAAGAUCAACAUUGCCAAAAGGAGAGCCAACCAGCAGGAAACAGAAAUGUUUUAUUUUACAAAAUUUAAGGAAUACGUGAACGGCAGUAACCUCAUCACCAAGCUACAGGCCAAGCAUGACUUACUCAAGCAGACUCUGGGUGAAGGAGAGAGAGCAGAAUGCGGCACCACCAGGCCCCCCUGUCUUCCCCCUAAACCACAGAAAAUGAGGAGACCUAGGCCUCUUUCAGUGUAUAGCCAUAAACUCUUUAACGGCAGUAUGGAAACGUUCAUUAAGGAUUCAGGACAAGCUAUACCACUUGUAGUCGAGAGCUGCAUUCGAUACAUCAAUUUAUAUGGACUCCAACAACAGGGGAUCUUCAGAGUGCCAGGGUCUCAGGUUGAAGUUAAUGACAUAAAGAAUUCCUUUGAGAGAGGUGAAGACCCCCUUGUGGAUGAUCAGAACGAGCGAGAUAUCAACUCAGUAGCUGGUGUUUUAAAACUGUAUUUCCGAGGACUGGAAAACCCACUCUUUCCUAAGGAAAGGUUUCAAGAUUUGAUAUCUACUAUUAAACUGGAAAACCCAGCUGAGAGGGUGCACCAGAUCCAGCAAAUCCUCAUCACCCUGCCCCGUGUGGUCAUCGUGGUCAUGAGAUACCUCUUCGCUUUCCUCAACCACCUCUCCCAAUAUAGCGACGAGAACAUGAUGGAUCCCUACAACCUGGCCAUCUGCUUCGGGCCCACCCUCAUGCACAUCCCCGAUGGGCAGGACCCUGUGUCCUGCCAGGCCCACGUCAAUGAAGUCAUCAAAACCAUCAUCAUCCAUCAUGAAGCCAUCUUCCCCAGCCCCCGGGAGCUAGAGGGACCCGUAUAUGAAAAAUGCAUGGCUGGAGGGGAAGAAUAUUGUGACAGCCCACACAGCGAGCCAGGCACCAUCGAUGAGGUUGACCACGACAACGGCACAGAGCCACAUACCAGCGAUGAAGAAGUGGAGCAGAUCGAGGCCAUUGCCAAGUUUGACUACGUGGGUCGGUCCCCUCGUGAGCUGUCCUUCAAGAAGGGGGCGUCACUGCUCCUGUACCACCGUGCCUCGGAGGACUGGUGGGAGGGCCGCCACAAUGGUGUGGAUGGGCUCAUCCCUCAUCAGUACAUCGUUGUACAAGAUAUGGACGAUGCCUUCUCUGACAGCUUGAGCCAGAAGGCCGACAGCGAGGCCAGCAGCGGGCCGCUGCUGGAUGACAAGGCCUCCUCCAAGAACGACCUCCAGUCUCCCACAGAGCAUAUCUCGGAUUAUGGCUUUGGGGGGGUGAUGGGCCGGGUGCGGUUACGGUCGGACGGAGCGGCCAUCCCCAGGCGUCGAAGCGGGGGCGACACCCACAGCCCGCCUCGGGGCCUGGGCCCCGGCAUAGACACGCCACCCCGAGCGGCCGCCUGCCCCAGCAGCCCCCACAAAAUCCCCCUCACCCGGGGGCGGAUCGAAAGCCCCGAGAAGAGGAGGAUGGCGACGUUUGGGAGCGCCGGCAGCAUCAACUUCCCCGACAAGAAGGGGCUGUCGGAAGGGCUCUCCAUGAGGUCCACCUGCGGCUCCACCCGGCACAGCAGCCUGGGGGACCACAAGUCCCUGGAGGCGGAGGCCCUGGCAGAAGACAUCGAGAAGACCAUGAGCACGGCUCUGCACGAGCUGCGGGAGCUGGAGCGGCAGAACACGGUCAAGCAGGCGCCGGACGUGGUGCUGGACACCCUGGAGCCCCUCAAGAACCCGCCAGGCCCCAUCAGCUCGGAGCCCGCCAGCCCCCUGCACACCAUCAUCAUCCGUGACCCGGACGCCGCCAUGCGCCGCAGCAGCAGCUCCUCCACCGAGAUGAUGACCACCUUCAAGCCCGCCCUGUCCGCCCGCCUGGCGGGUGCCCAGCUGCGCCCCCCGCCCAUGCGGCCCGUGCGGCCCGUGGUCCAGCACAGGUCCAGCAGCAGCAGCAGCUCGGGCGUGGGCAGCCCCGCCGUGACGCCCACCGAGAAGAUGUUCCCCAGCAGCUCCACGGACAAGUCAGGCACCAUGUGACCUGCGGGCUAGGCAGCACCGCCACGGCCCGCUGCGGCCCCGCCCAGGCCUGGGGUGGCCUGGGGGGCGGGGGGGGGGGGGGCUCCCGCUUGCUCCCCGGUGACGCGGGCCUCGGAGGGCAGGGCCCGGGAGGUCGGCCUGGAAGGGUGUGUGUCUGUGGAGAGCAGAGGCUCAGGCAUUCGCUGACGCUCAACACUCAGCCCUGCAAGUCCCACAGACCUCUCGUGUGCAAGUGACACCCAGAGGAAUGCUGGAGCGAGAGCUGGAGCAAGAGCAGCCGAGUGUAGCCAUUCCCAAGAUCCAGGCACCAUGCUAACGGCUUCUCCUCCAUAUCGCCACUGGAAGAAUAUUCUCUCAACAUUCUCUCUGCAUAUGUAUAUAUGUGUGUGUGUGUAUAUAUAUACACGCGCAUAUAUAUUCAUAUAUAUGUAUGUAUAUAUGUCUGUAGGGGUGUGUGUAUAUAUAUAUAUUUAUGCAUCUAUAUACAUAUAUUAGAUCUGGACAUACACACAUGCUAAAUGUAUAUAGUAUCUCCUUUUUCUUUUUAUGAAACUUAGAUUUACCUCAGACCCAUGCCACCAAACAUCUCCCACUGAGUUAUUUGGUGGGAUUUGCAGGGACUUUUCUGGGAGAACUUAAGAGGGCCCACAGUAACUGCAAAUGAAGCAAUAUACCACUAACCUGCAGAAUAACAAAGACAGAAACAGUCUCCCACUGUCUCCAGAAGUCGUGGCCUUCCAGAACAAUCUGCCCCCUAACGGAAGGGUGGGGCGGGGGGGUACCCCAAGCAGGCUGCUUCUAGAGGUGGGGGAACCCUUCGUAGAAAACCCUUCACCUACUCCAGAGACCCUGAUCUUCCACUCAGAGGCCAAAGGCCAACUUUGCCCCCCUCCCCGCCAAAGCACAGGAGGAAUUGGUGGGAAGUCCCCUGGCCAUGACGCC